AUGGACAUACCAUAUCAUAAUCCAUAUCACUAUAGUCAUGAAUGGCCACUGUCUUCAACAUCUGAUAAUUUCCCAUUAUAUUCUUCACAAAGUCAUUCAACAACUUGUUAUAGCGUCAAUCCAUGUCCUCCUCCUGCUCCGCCGCCACCGCCUCCGCCUCUGCCUCACCCCUCUUCGUCAUCAUAUUAUGACUAUUAUACUCCAUCAAAUUGUUGUCCGUCAACAUCUACUACUUACUCAACUCAUUAUAAUACUUAUUCAUCAUUUAAUCAACACAACGCAAGUCAAAGUGCUUCUUUGCCUAAUACAAAUAGUAUUUCAAUCCCAUCUGAGGUACCAAAAUCGAAUAAUGAAACAAUAUCAACUAGUACUGUUAUUUAUCCAUGGAUGAAAAAAUUACAUGUGAAAAAUCUUGUCCAAAAUAAUGAUGGUAGCGAAACUUAUAAACGUAUUCGUACAGCGUAUACGCGUAGUCAAAUUCUCGAACUUGAAAAGGAGUUUCAUUUUAAAAAAUACCUAAACCGCCGACGCCGUAUUGAAAUUGCACGAACGUUACUAUUAAGUGAACGACAAGUUAAAAUUUGGUUUCAAAAUCGACGCAUGAAAUGGAAGAAAGAUCAUAAUUUACCAAAUACAAAAUCAAAAUUAGUUGAAACAGCAAUUAAACAAGAGAGCGACGAUUAA